GGUACACAAUGAACGGAACACAUGUAGAAAUUAACCACCGUCUGGUGGAGCCUCCGAACCAGCGAUCCCUAACCAGACCAGGCCGUCAUACCUAUCCCCCAACCAUCAGCAUCCAUUCUUUUCGCACCUGCUCUUUCGCACCAGGCAGCCGAGCCAAGUGACGGCAAAAGAGACGCGGAACAGAGCGGAAGCAAGACCCUAGGAACGAGACGCGAGCCACCAGCAGUGCCCACUGCCCACUACCCAGCUCAGUUCGUGUGCCCUUCAUUCCAGAAUUCCGAGUUUAUGCUCAUAGCUGGAGCUCUCCGUGGCACAUCUGUGCCUCCAGGUUUCUGGGGGAGGGAAUAUUUUCAGCUCCAGUUCUUAGGAUUCUGAGACUGCGAAUGAAGUAGCAAGAGGAACCACUCACAUCAAAUAAGCGGCGUCGCGCCAUGGAGGCUGCUGUAGCACAGUUACGGGAGUUGUUUCCGAAGGUUGACAUCAGGCUUCUCAAGGCGGCGAUUCGCGAGCAUGGCACGUCGGCGGAAGGGAUGGAUGAGGCGGUCCAGUACCUGAUGGAGGAAGCCGAUUCAGAAUCUUCGUCUUCAGACGGGGAAAUUACCGACGGAGAGUUUUCCGACAAGGAGGACGAUGUCGAGGAGAAUACGGAUUCUGCAGCUCAGGCGGCACCAUCCGGAAGUCAACCCGGUGCUGGCGCACAUGAUUCGUCGUCCGCCAGUUACGAGGAGUCUUCUGACGAAGCGGUCAAUAACGAGGAGUCGUCUGACGAAGCGGUCAAUAACGAGGAUUCUUUUUUCGAAGCCGAGCAGGACCUUCCCGCGUCAAGCGCUCCUCGUCUCCAAGCUCCAGUGGCCUCCACCGACAGUAUGGCGGUCUUGCCAGAAACACCGGUCACGGCUUCGUCAGUUCCGUCGAUUCCGUCCAGCGACGAGAAACAGGACAAGCAGGGAGAAAAGCACGUCGAGCAGGGAGAGAAACCCGAGCAGCAGGACUUUUCUAGCGUAAGCGCUCCUCCGCAAGGUACAGGCACCCGCGGCGACAGUUCAGCAGACAGUUCACCCCUCGGUUCAUCGGUUUCAGCUCAUGUCAACUCUAGUGAACCUGAGAACGACUCUGUGGUCGCCGAUGCUGACGUCAUCGCGGUCGAAGCCGCCGACGUGAGAGACGAUGUGGCGGAUUCUGGGAGGGAAGAGGCUGAGGCCGGAGUUCCCGAGGACGAGGCUGAGGCCGGAGUUCCCGAGGACGAGGCUGAGGCCGGAGUUCCCGAGGACGAGGCUGAGGCCGGAGUUCCCGAGGACGAGGCUGAGGCCGGAGUUCCCGAGGACGAGGCUGAGGCCGGAGUUCCCGAGGACGAGGCUGAGGCCGGAGUUCCCGAGGACGAGGCUGAGGCCGGAGUUCCCGAGGACGAGGCUGAGGCCGGAGUUCCCGAGGACGAGGCUGAGGCCGGAGUUCCCGAGGACGAUGCCGAGGCUAAUUCCAGGAGGGAAGAGCCUGGGUCUGAUAUCUCUGAGGAGCAGGCUGCCGUUUCCAUGGCGACUGUACCGUCGAUGCCGAAGGCGGAUGCGGAUGCGGAUGCAGAUGCUGAUGCCGAUGCUGAUGCCGGUGCUGAUGUCGUUGUCUUGAGCGAAGAUGAGGCGCAACUUGGCAAGGUUAAGAGUGAUUCCAGCAAGGCUGAGGAGACGGCUGAGGAGGAGGAGGAGGAGGAGGCUGAGGCGAAGGCUGAGAAGGUUGAGAAGGCUAAGAUGUGUUUUGAUGAGGCUGAACGUGGAGCACUGCAGGCGGAGGUGAAGGAAGUGGCGGAGGAGGAAGUGGCGGAGGUAGAGGGGGAUGCGAAGGAUGGGAGCGCUGUGGAGAAGGGCAUCGAGGAGGCACGGGACGAGACGGAGGAGGGCGACGCUGGUGUGGCUGAGGUUGAGGUCAACGAGAGGCUUGCAGCGGUGCACGCGAUGCAGACGGCUGAUGGCGCAGUCGAGCCCGAGGGUGAGGCCAGGCAGGUGGGCGAAGCGAGCAAGGACGAUGCCGAGGCGUCGUCCAUUCAAGGCGAUGCCUUUAACGAGGAUGGGCUCGUCUUGGAGGGGAGCAAGGACGAGGCCGGAGCAGUUGAAGAGAAGAGCAGCAAGGGCGAGGGUGGAGAGGUCCAAGGGGUAGAGUGGGUGGAUUCUGGAGGUGGCGUGAUGGAGGGGGUGACGAGCACAGCAGACGAACAAGGCAAGAUGCAGGGACAGGAUGGGGUGAAGGUUGCUGAGGAGGAUGAGUGGGAGGGAGAUGCGCAGGAGCAAGCGGAGGAGCAUGCGGGCGAGGAGGAGCAGGAGGAGGAGGUGCCCGAGAGCCUAGUCAGCAGCUGGAGCCGGUCCUUCAUGCAAGUCGAAGUGAGCGCCAUAUCCGACCAUGUCUCCACCACCAAGGACGCCAGAACCCGCCUGGAAGCCCAGCUAGGCCUGGUCCGAGACCUCCUCCAGCAGGUAGAGCGCGUCGAGCAGGAAGCAGCCGCAGCCGAACACGCCCUGUCCCACGCUGGCGAGGCUGAUGAUAGCGAAGCAGAGAGUAUCCUCCGGCACGUGGUGCGGUCCCAGCAGGCGCUGGAGAUCAGAGCGGCCCAGGUGUUCGGGCACCGGGCGCAGCUUAACGAGGAAGCCGAGGGGCUUAAAGCCCGGGUCGAGGCGAUUAAGGGGCAGUUUGCCGCAGUGGAGGGGCAGUUGAAGGAGGUUCGGGAACUUUUGGAGGGGAGGCUGGUGCGGGCGAGGGAGAGGUUGCGGGAGGUGGAGGGGAGGAGGAGGGAGAGGGAGGAGGAAGGGCGGAGGAGGAGGGAGGGGGCGGAGAGGGAGCUGGGGAGGGUGCUGGGGGAGGUGCCGCUGCUGGAGAGGCAGGAGGCGGCGUGCGCUGAGCUGGCGGACUCGCUCGUGGCGCGGCACCACGAGGCUGACGUGUUGGAGGGCCAGCUGGCGGUGCUGAGGGAGGACCUGGCGGCGCUGGUGCGGGGCGUGGGCAAGCUGCCUGGAAGCGUGGAAGAGGACCUGGGAUACUCGUUUGUUUCAGAGGAGGGAAGAGAAGGCCCUCAGCACGAGUCCUUCCAGCGGUCGCUGCAUGAAGAAUUCUCACAAGGCUCGUCAGCAGCAGCACCUGCUCCUGAAGCCCUUCUGUCCGCUGCACAGGCCGCUCCUGGCGCAGAGUUUGCGGGUGAAGAGCGAUCUAGCCUCGGUGCAGUAGCGCUGUCAGCCGAUUGCACGCUCCCCGUUGCUGGGGUGGGUGCAACAAACACAGCUGCUGCUGCUGUUACCACCGCUGCCGAUGCAACUGAUUCUGAUGCUGCUGGCGCGGCCGCUCUGUACUCUGAGCUUUGCAGCGCCCAGAAGCUUGCCACAUCCACUGCAGCUAGUAGCAACCCUCCUGUUGACUCCUCCCUUGGCACCACCAAUGCUGCUGCUCCAGCUGCUUCUGCUGCUCCUGCUGCCACUGCUGUCGCCACUGCUGGCACCAUGGCUGCUGCUAGCAGCAGCUCCACCGCCCCUACUACCCCUUGUACCAUUGAGGACGAGGAGCAGUUUGAGGCCAGGAUGCGUGAAAUGUCAGGCAUGCUCCGUGAAAUCUUCCCCCUGUCCCGCACCCGGCUGCUGCACGACCAACCCAGCCCCCAGUGGCUCAUAGAGCAGCAGCAGCUACAGAAGCAGCAGCAACAGGAGCAAAGGAACAUGGAGAGGGCGUUAGCUGAGAGCAGCACCGGAGUGGAAGGGGUGACGAUGAUUGAAGAUGGGGACUGGAGUGUCCUAGAGGCGUCGGACGUGCUCGUGGCGUCGGGGAUAGGUGGAAUGGAUGGGAUGGAUGCUCGGUCGUCGGGGCACAGCUCGUUCAGUGUGCAUGCUGGCAGCACUCCCAGGGCGAGGGAUGGGGCGGGGAGGGAUGAGGGCAGUGGGAUCAGUGAGGUGAUGGAACGAUACUUUGGCAGCAGUGAGUAGAGGGGAAGGGGUGAGCAGCAGCAGCAGCAGCAGCAGCAGCAGCAGCAGCAGCAUAUGUGAUGGGUGCUCGGUUGUCGGGGCACAGCUCGUUCAGUGUGCAUGCUGGCAGCACUCCCAGGGCGAGGGAUGGGGCGGGGAGGGAUGAGGGCAGUGGGAUCAGUGAGGUGAUGGAGCGAUACUUUGGCAGCAGUGAGUAGAGGGGAAGGGGUGAGCAGCAGCAGCAGCAUAUGUGAUGGGUGCUCGGUUGUCGGGGCACAGCUCGUUCAGUGUGCACGCAGGGAGCCCAGGGCGAGGGAUGGGGCUGGGAGGGAUGAGGGCAGUGGGUGGGAUUAGUGAGGUGAUGGAGCGAUACUUCGGCAGCAGUGAGUAGGGGGGAAGGGGUGAGCAGCAGUGAGAAGGAGGAGGAGCAGCAGCAGCAGCAUAUGUGUUGGGUGCUCGGUUGUCGGGGCACAGCUCGUUCAGUGUGCACGCAGGGAGUCCAGGGCGAGGGAUGGGGCUGGGAGGUUUGAGGGCAGUGGGAUUAGUGAGGUGAUGGAGCGAUACUUCGGCAGCAGUGAGUAGAGGGGAAGGGGUGAGCAGCAGUGAGAAGCAGGGAAGAGAUGCAGCAUAUGUUUGUUGGAUGCACGGGCAUCGGGGCAUCGCUGGGUGAGAGUCCAUGCUGGCACCAUGCUCAGGGCAAGGGAUGGUGAAGCGGGGAGCCGGGGGGAAGGGAUUAGUGAGGUGAUGGAGCGAUACUUCAGCAGCAGCGGGUAGUGGAGGGGCACAAUUGGGACGAGCUGCAGGAAUGGGAUGUCGGUGAAGUGUUGGCAGGGUGGGUUGGGACAGGGCAGGCGGGGCGGGGCUGAAAUGGGGACCUUGCUGGGCACAGGGUUGUACAGAGAUAAUCGCUUGGCUGUCGAGAUUGGUCGUUGAACAAUAUAUACACUUGCGUUGUGUGGAACUAGGUGUCCCUUGUUCAUAUCUUUUGUUCAUAGAUGAAGAAUUUCUA